AUGGGGUCUUUAUACCCAAUCAGUGUUUUGAUAAAAGGUCCGGGUACCAAUACCAUUCUUGUUUACGAAGUCAGCAAGGACGACGUUUGCAGAGAUCCAACGCAGAAAGGUUACGAUUUUUCGGCUACUUUACCACGGGAAGAAGACGAAGAAGAAAAAGCAGGUUGUAGCUCAUUUUGCCAAUGGUUUGCAACCUUAUUAGCUUCUCUCGCAUCUCCGAAAGCUGUCGAAUCACUCAAGUAUACUGAAUUAAUCGAGUUACUUGAUGGCUAUCUAGCACCAGCUCGUAAUGUUCUCGUAGCUCAGCACCAGUUUCUUUCAAAAUAUCAAAACGAAAACCAGUCGAUUAGCGAAUACGUCGCUUCAUUACGCAUUUCGAUUUCGGAUAUUUUUCUUCGAGCUCAAUUCAUCCGAGGACUGCGUGAUAAUUAUAUUCGAGAACAAUUACUCCAGUCAUCAGAGGAAGCAUUCGAUUCAACUAUCAAAAAAGCGAUCGCCUUAGAAGCAUCUAAGAAUGAUUCGAAACAAAUUUCAACGAAUGGUCCAGCUCCGAAACCAGAGAACGCUAAAUUGAAAUGCGAUCUAUGUAAUAAAACCGGUCACGUGAGUAAAGUAUGCAUCACAUCGUUACUAAGAAAACAUCGUUCGAAUAACCAUACCAGUGUUAAAAAUAUCCAGAGUCAGUUCGAAUUCGAUUCCCAUACUUACCAUAUCGAAGAAGUCUACAAAUGCAAAGACGGAGGUGAAGAUGAUCGUUAUUUCAUCUACGUCAAUAUCGAAAAUAAUCCAGUGAUGAUCGAAGUAGACUCAGGUUGCAGAUACACGUUGAUACCACGCCAGCUGUAUAAUGAACUGAAUAUUAAUCGAGAUCUAGAGCCUACUACUGUGACGCUCCGAGCCUAUACCAGUGAUGUGUUCAAACCAGAUGGAAAAGUCACAGUUUCUGCAUCUUACAAUGGGAAUACGAUGCAAGAAGAUAUCUACGUUGUACCAGACCAGUAUGCACCUGUGUUAGGCCGAAAUUGGAUCAGAGGUCUAAAAAUCAAACUUGAAGAAAUCGAUGAGAAAAAUUCUCUUGAUAUUACUCCUGAUUCGAUCAAUAACGUCAGUUCGAACGAUAUCGUUGACCAAUUCAAAGACCUGUUCGAAAGUAAAGUUGGUUGCGUUCCGGACUACAAAGUGCACCACCAGCUCCGAGAAGGUGCCAAACCAGUGUACCACAAAGAACGUCCGCUACCCUAUGCCUUAUCAGAACUCGUUGAAAAGGAACUCAAUGAUCUAGAAGCAGCCGGUAUUAUCACAAAAACGGAAACGAGUGAUUGGGGUUCUCCGCUAGUCGUUAUCUUAAAAGCGGAUGGAAACGUUCGACUUUGUGUAGACUACAAAAUCAGCGUAAAUAAAGUUCUGAAAGAUGCACAUUUUCCUAUCAACAAGAUCGACAAAACUCUACACAAGCUGCGCAAUGCGAAGUAUUUCUGUCGGCUAGACCUAUUCAAGGCUUAUCUACAUCUUAUGGUAGAUGACGAAUCGAGCGAAAUUCAAACGAUAACAACGCCAUUUGGCACAUUCAAGGUAAAUCGACUAUCGUUUGGAAUCAAGACAGCUCCGGCCGAAUUCAAUCGUUUCCUUCAUCGAAUUUUAAAGAAACUUCGUAAUGUCAUCUGGUACUUCGAUGACAUCGUUGUGUACGGAGCUACGUUAGAAGAAUGUCGAGCAGCACUUAUCGAAGUUCUGAAAGAACUACAAAAAUUCAACUUACAUCUAAACGCCAGCAAAUGCGUAUUUUUCGCCGAAAGUAUCGAGUAUUUGGGACACAUCGUUGAAUUCAACAAAAUCAAGAAAUCGCCUUCAAAAGUUACAGCGAUUACGCAGAUGCCAAUCCCAAAUGGCGAAGAAGAAGUCCGUAGAUUUGUUGGUAUGGUGACACAUUAUUCGAGAUUCAUUCCCAACCAUUCUACGUUGACAGCACCGUUACGUAAAUUGCUCAAUGAAAAGACACCUUUCAUUUGGGAUAAUGAUGCUCAAAUUGCGUUCGAAUGUCUAAAGCAAGAAAUUGCCAGUGAUCGAGUACUCACACCGUUCGAUCCUAGCUUACCAGUCCGACUCGCUUGUGACGCAAGUCCAGUUGGAAUAGCCGGAAUUUUAUCACACAUCAUCGAUGGUAAAGAGCAUCCAAUUGCGUACGGUUCCAGAGCAUUAACCAGUGCUGAGAAAAAUUACUCGCAGCUAGAUCGAGAAGCUCUCGCGAUUGUCUUCGCAGUAAAGCACUUUUUCCAGUACCUCUUUGGACGAAAAUUCCAGCUCAUCAGUGACAAUCGUCCGCUUACUCGAAUUUUUCAUCAAGAUGCUUCCCUACCAGAAAUGACGUCAGCUCGAUUACAAAGAUAUGCUGCGUUUUUAUCAAGUUUCAAUUACGAAAUCAUCCAUAAGAAGGGAGAUGAAAAUGUUCACGUCGAUUGUUUAUCUCGCGCUCCAGUUCCUAUUGCGCCAAAUUAUAUACCCGAUUCGAUUGGCGAAGAAGUUCAUCAAAUUCUACUCACCAGUGUACAUCAAAUCUCUUCGAAUACCCUUACGUACGAUGGAAUCAAAAGCGAAUCUGCAAACGAUAACGAAAUCCAACAAAUCAUUCGAAAUUUACAAUCAACUAGUGAUGCAGACAGCUUAUUCACGAUCGAUGACGGUGUAGCUUACAGAGGUCACCGAAUUGUUAUUCCUGAGUCCCUUCGACAAAUUGCUCUCAAUGAACUCCAUCAUACGCACAUCGGAGUAACAAAAAUGAAACAGUUAGCUCGGAAAUAUCUAUACUGGAAAAACAUCGAUAAAGAUAUCGAGCGUAUGGUGAGAGACUGUGAAAAAUGCGCCGCAGCUCAGAAAAGUCCUGCAAAAGCUCCAUUACACCCUUGGGACGAGCCUAGCAGCAAUUGGCAGCGCAUUCAUAUCGAUUAUGCCGGUCCUUUUCAAGGGUAUCAUUUUCUAGUCGUUGUCGAUGCGAAAUCAAAAUGGAUGGAGGUUGGCUGCCAAAGAAAUGCACCCUCUUCCGAAUCAACUAUCGAUAUGCUGAAUCAAAUUUUUGCUCGAACUGGAUUCCCUGAAAUAAUCGUUUCAGACAACGCUACUAUCUUCACCAGCGAAAAAUUUUCGAAUUAUUGUAAAAAUCGAAGUAUUUCUCAGAAAUUCAUCGCUCCGGGUCAUCCUGCUACCAAUGGGCUAGCAGAAAGAAACAUUCAAACUCUGAAGAAACGUUUAUCUUCAGCAGACGAAUCUCAGCCAAUGAACGAGAAAUUACAACAAAUUCUAAUGCGAUAUCGAGCAACGCCGUUGAAAAAUGGAAAAUCUCCAGCUGAGUUAUACCUGAAUCGAAAAUUACGCAUUCAAUUAGACGCGAUUUUUCCAGUUAAACCAGAACCAAAUAUCAAAUCGAAUUUCAAAGGAACGAGUCAUUUUCAACCUGGAGAUCAUGUUCAAGCACGAUAUUAUUCGAAUAAUAAACCUCAAUGGCGUCCAGGAGAGAUUGUCCAGAAAAUGGGAAAUCUCCAUUAUCUAGUCGAGUUCGAUACCGGUUACAAAAUCAAACGACAUAUCAAUCAGCUCCGACAAGGUUCGCGGAAAGUGGCAUUUGCGGAUGAAUCAGUACCUGAAGUAGUUGAACCUCAUCGAACGCGGAAACCGCAGUUGACUCCGUUACGAGGAAUUCUAUCUUCAAAUACAUCAGAUACAGAUGCUGUACCAGCACAAUCGAGUCAAAAUCAACAAGGAAGACGUCCGCCUCCAGUUAUGCGUCAACUAUCUUCAAGGGAACGUAAAAGGCCGAGAUAUCUGGACGAUUACGUUCAAUAA